AUGGACCCUCCUAGGAAACCAAUGUGGUCGACUCAUGACCCUGCUUGCAGUCACUGCCGCGUCAGGAAGAUUCGAUGCGGCCGAGAGCGGCCUCGCUGUACAAAUUGCCAGCGGGAUAAUGUGUCUUGCGACUUUUCAGACACCGGGAAGCGAGUCAAUCACAUGAAGCUACUUGUCAACAACUUUGGCGAGCUUGAGGAGCGGCUCACCACCAUCGAAAAAGGCGUCAACAAGCUCAUUGAGCUUUCACAGAGUCCACAGCGGUCUACGCCGCCUGAAGUCCUAUUGGCGAGCGGCCAGCUUUCUGAAAAAUUCCACAGACACUCAGAAACUGCAGGCAGGUACAUCAUCCAGAUCCAAGACGAUGGUACCGAAUACUACCGUGGGCCAUGCUCUCUGGAGUCACUGUGCUGUGAAUUUCGGACUUUUAUACAAGAACAUACUAAUGACCAGCGACCCCGUUAUGCGAUCCCAGCUGGUAGGCCCCUUAAUAACGAGUAUCCGGCGGUCGUCGACCACAUUGCUGCGGAACAGCAUCUUGAGCCAGGCACAUCUGAAGUUUUGCUAGGGCAUGCCUGCACACUCGCAAAGCGGAUGGGUCUCCAUCAACGCCUAAAGAGUCCCAGCGAUGGUACUCCUGCCGACUACGAAGAGCGCAUGAAGGUGUUUCGCUCGCUUUUCUUACGAGACAAAUCCCUAUGCAUCUCCCACAGCGCAAAUUGUUGGCUACCCAGCGCACAUUGUAGCAUGUACCUAGAUCUAGGCAAACGAUUGUCGGCGUCAAAGAUGGGUUCCAUGCGUUUGCACUUGGCAUUGCUACAGGAGGAAACUAGUACAAUUCUCAGUUCGAUGCAAGGACCAGAUUCUAAUUUACAUGGAAAUGCGACACUGAAGAAAUUAGAGAAAGCGUUUGAGGAAUGGUUAAAUGAGUAUGCUGAACUGAACGACCCGGGAUCUACAGUCUCAAUUGAUCUGGUCAUGGAUUUAUACGCGUGUCGCUUGGCGGCCCUACAGCACAGUUCCGAUUCCAACCACCAAACUACAUUGCUCUCGGAUGCUCGGACAAUCUGUCAUCUACUAUGCAAAAAAAUGGAAUUGUUGGAGAAAAUGGCGAUAAGCGAUAUUCAAGCGCUAGUGAAUCCAUCCACAGAUUCUAAGAAUCUGGUUGAAAACCCAUCAAAACAAGAAAUUGACAGGGUCAUCGAUCAAAGUGCAUAUCCAUCAUUUCCUCUCCGCAGCUUGGCCGAGAGCUUCUCUUGUGUCGGUUACUUCACAAUCGUUAAGUGUAUACUUUCGACGGAGUCAGAGGAAACGUGUCGAGGUGAUCUUCGUCUGCUCCAAUCAGUCUGUCAAAUAUUCAAAAAGAAUGAGUUAAAUACAUUGGAGGACAAUUAUACACAGAAAAUCCUCCGCACUUUCCAGGCACUACUUGCGAUCGUAUACAAUACCAAACCUGAGCUUUUCCAAGACCAACAACCAGACUUUUGCGAGGAUAUUUUCCUCAACAGUCUCGUCGGUCAAUCAGACAAUCCGACAAGUCACAGCAGCUCCAAGACUACUAUAUCAGAGUCGCCAUCACCAAAGAGCGGUUUUGCUAAAGACAACGUUCAACGGUAUCAGUCGGGUAUCUUCGACAUUGAAUCGCUUUCGGCUAGUAUGAGACAGAGCCCUUUCGAUCUUAACAUGCUAGAAUCCUUUAAUUUUGACGGAAAAAUGGACUUUCAAGACGAUACGAUGGCUCAGCUUGUUGCACCUCUAAACAAGGAGUCCGGAAAUAAACGACCGAGGUUAUCCACACCCGAGACGACAAUGCUACCUCUCACAUUCUCCUUCCCGACUGACUUGAACUCACCGCUGAUGACUGAGAUGCAGAACACCAUGCAAAUGUGGCAAUAA